AAACUCUAUUUAGAAAAAAAACAGUAUUUUUUUGUUUUCGUGAGCACGGCCAGGCACCAGCGACCGACCGCGACGACGCAACAGCAGGGCAUGCAGAAUUGCAGAUUGCAGAGGCAGGAACUCAAACCGGUCGGACUCCACGACGAGUCGACGACGCACACAAAAAAAAAACAGCAGGCGAGGCGGGAUUUAGAAGCUGCGCAGCGCGCAUCCCUCCCCCAAUCCCGACCCGACCCGACCCCGUCCCCGUCGCCAGAUCUCGCGCCCCCUCCCCGGGGCUCGAUCGGAUCAGCGGCGGCCGGUGAUACGGGGACGGGGAGAUCUCGCCGAGGUUUGGGCCGGGCCGGGCCGGGCUGGUGGGAGCAGGGGAGCCAUGGCGUCGGCGCAGGCGCCGUCCUCCGCCGCCGCGCCGUCGCGCAAGGACCAUCUCGAGGCCGGGAAGAAGCGGCUCGAGCAGUUCCGCAAGAAAAAAGCGGCGAAGAAGGCCAAUGCAGCUGGUGCAGAGCAGGCAAAAGUGCCUGCUCCUGAUGUAGAGCCAAACCAAGCGAGCACGUCUUCGGUGCCAUGGGCUGUAUAUGAGAAUGGCCCAGAGAGUGCUUCCAGCGGUGCAGAAUUCCUGUCAAAUGCUCCGGUCAAUGUAUAUACUUCUGUUGGUGUUAGUAGUGUUAGACCCCAGCAAGAUGCUGUUACUGAUGGAGGAAGUAAGUUCUAUGGGAACUUAAGCUUCUCUGAUCUUGUUAAUGGUCAUCAUGAGAACUGGAGAGGCGAUGAAGCCCGUAAAAGGGAUGAGCACAGCCCUGACAAGGAUGUGCAAUCAACAUCUAAAUUAAGUGCCUUUGGGAACAGCAGUUUAACUUUACCUUCUACUGACAACAUGCCAAGUUGGGGAAGAAUUUCUUUAUCAAGUCAAGUACAUGAUACCAAGCAAUCUAGUUCAUAUUCAUCCAGCACCCUUUUUGGAAAGUCUGAAAAUGCUUACUCUCAGGACUACUCCACAAAGAGUGAUACCUCUAGUCAGUUGAGAGAUACCUCCAAAGACUCUUCCCAAGUGGAGCAAUCUCUGUAUGCCAGCACUCGGGAUUAUGGCAAUGCCUUCAAUAGUUCAAGGACUAUUGUUACUGUAGAGCAUGAUACAAAUGUUGGAAUAACUCGGACAUCUGCAGAUUCCGCACCUGGUGUUAAUUUUGAAAGACAGGAUCCUUUUCUGUCAUCUGGUUAUCCAACUACAUACACUCGUUCAAGGCCAUCGUUUCUUGAUUCAAUUGGAGUACAAAGAGUCCCUCCAACAACUCAAGCCUCAUAUAGGGAGCCUGCAAAGGCUAAUCAACUAUCCCACAAUUCGAAUUAUCAGAGUUCAUUUGUGAAGCAAUCAAAUCAACAACCCACUUCAAGUAAUGCUGCAGAUAUUUCUUUUGCAUCAGAAAGUCAGGAAUAUAGUCAUGAAAAGGGGUCAUAUGGCAGCUCCAACCAUCCUGAUUUCUCACUUCCUAAAGAAGAAAGAAGUAUACAACAUGGUAAACAAACAUUCCAAAAUUUUGCAACUCAUGGGAAAGAUGACGAUUUUGCAACAUUAGAGCAGCUCAUUGAAGAUUUAACAAAAGAGAAGUUUUCCUUACAACGAUCUCUUCAGAAAUCUCAAGAGCUAGCAGAAACUUUGGCCACAGAUAACUCUGCACUAACUGACAAGUUCAACCAACAGGCACAUGUAAUCAGCCAGUUGACAUCUGACAUGGAGAGAUUGCAGGAAGAAAUUCAAGCUCAAUUGCUGGCUCUGGAGUCUGUCAGGACCGAGUAUGCUAAUGCACAACUAGAAUGCAGUGCUGCAGAUGAGAGGGCAAAAGUACUUGCAGCUGAAGUCAUUCUACUAGAAGAUAAGGCUUUGAGACUGAGAUCAAGUGAGCUAAAACUUGAAAAGGAAGUUGAAGGUUUGCAUUCUGAGAUUUCUGCUUACAGGCGCAAAGUUUCUAGUCUAGAAAAGGAGCGCCAGCAUCUUCAAUCCACUGUUGAAGCUCUUCAAGAAGAAAAGAAGCUCCUAUAUUCUAAAUUGAGGAACAUUCCUGUGAAUGAGAGGGCAACUACUGUAGAGAAACCUUCAGUUGAUAAAAAAGAUGCAUCAACCGUGACAGAAGAUUUAGAUACUGGGGAAAUCAGCUCUUCAGAGACACUGACCAGCACUGUUGACAUAUUGGAAGACGCUGGAACAUCUGUUUUGCGUUCCAACAUUGUGUCUGAUUUUCCUUCCUCGGAACAGGUCUCAUCUAGCAUUCCAGAUGAUCAGCUUAGAAUGAUUGACAACAUCAAUUCUUUGAUGUCAGAGUUAGCAGUGGAGAGAGAAGAACUGCUGCGAGCACUGAGAAUUGAGUCAUCCAACUGCUCCAAGCUGAAGGAAUUGAACAAGGACCUAACACAAAAGCUGGAGGUUCAGACACAGAGGCUUGAACUAUUGACUUCUCAAAGGAUGGCUAACGAGAAUGCCCUGGCGAAACCAAUUGACACACGCCCCAUCAACGAGGCAACAAUGUAUGCGGAUGAAGGAGACGAGGUUGUUGAACGGGUGCUUGGCUGGAUAAUGAAGCUCUUCCCAGGUGGGCCAAAGCGGCGAACCAGCAAGCUUCUGUAAUGAAAAUAGAGCUCCUAGUAUACCAGAUAUUUCUUCCAUUUAGGGUGUGUUUGGCAUGGCUCUGCUCCACCCCAGAGCAGCUCUACUCUAAAACUCUGGGUGGAGCAGCUCUGCUCCAGAGUUUAGAUUGUUUCUCAUAACCAGUGACAAUGGCGGGUAAAUAACUCAAAACUCCAUGACUAGGUUGCUUUUUUGGAGUUUUCAGAGCAGCAAAAGAGGUACUCCAAAAAAUUGUACUGCAACUCCAAAAACUCCAUAGAGUUUACAACUCUGGAGUUAGGGUGUUUGGCAUGCUCUGGCCAGCUCCUCCUUGGAGUUUUGCUCUGGAGCCAUGCCAAACAGGCCCUUAAGGCCUGUUUAGAUGAAAGGGGGUUGCGCUAGCAGCACAAGGUAUUUAGUUCAAAUUUGAACUAAAUCUUAACUAAUCUGUUCCAAAUCCCCGACAUCCAAACAUGCCUUUUAUAUAUAUACAUUUUUUGUUUGCCCGGUUUUGCUGAUAGCAUGGUGAGAAGCUGUAUAUUGGAGCCAUUCGAUGUAACCAUUCUUUUUUUUGUUAGAAGAUAAUGUAAUUCCCUGGAGUAUGGGGCGGCAGCUGUAUUGGCAACGAAAAGAUUAAUCGCAAAGAAUAUACCCUUUUGUAUCCACUGAACAUUUUCUUUCGUUAUACGUGUGGAAUGCAGCCUGUAAUUGCUUUUACCA